CAUGCAUUGAUUCGCUAUCACUCGCUCUAUUAACUUGCUUCUUUGGUUAGAAGGAAAAAACGUCCAAAACGUUUUAUCAGUUUUUAACUAAAAAAAUUUAAAUAAAAAAUUAAAAAUUAAUUAAAACAAAAAGUAGUUGCUGCUCAACGUUUGUUGUAAUUCUUAGCUAAAGUCAUUCGUGUGUUUUUUGGAAAACCCAAAGUUAAGUGUUGCAAAAAAACAAGGAUUAAUCCCCUCGAAUAUCCUCAGCGUCAGAAGUGUUAAUUUUUGUGAAAAUCGAAUUUUUUUUGAUACCUGCCUGCCGCUCAGCUAAUUUAGACACAAACGUCCCGCAACGAGAUCUACAAAUUUGGAGCUAGAAGCCUGCUAUAACAAAUAGAAGCAAGUCCCAGAAUAUUUUUUAAAAAAUAAGCAGUGAAAGAAAAAUUAGUGAUUUUUCAAAAAGGCUUAUUUUCAUUUACAACAACGCCAACAAAAAGUAUUAAAAGUGUUUUUUUUUUAAAUCUUUGAUAAAAGAAAACACUUUGGUAAAUUUUUGACAAGACUACUACAACAACAAGGAAAAUCUUAAGGUCCUAAAACCGCUACCAAUACCAACAACUACAUACCUAGAAAAUUUAAUUUAUUUUCCUCUACCACCACCACAACAACAAAAAAAAAAAACUCCUAACAAAAUGAUGGCCGUAGCUGCUGCCCAAAAGAACCGUGAAAUGUUCGCCAUUAAAAAAUCAUACAGUAUUGAGAAUGGUUAUCCAUCUCGCCGCCGCUCUCUGGUGGAUGAUGCCCGUUUCGAAAGUCUGGUUGUCAAACAAAACAAACAAAUUGUUUUGGAGGAGGCCCGCACCAAGGCUAAUGAUGGUUCCCUCGAAGAUGCCAUCAUGCAAGCCAAGGGCGAGCAUGUCCCCACCCAAGAACAAAUUGAAUUGCAAGAUGAACAACAGCUAGAAAACUUGGAUGUUGUUGAUGACAUUCACCAAGCCGAAUACAAUGAAGUUACCAUUGAAGCCGAAUAUCCAGUUGAAUCUGAACAAACUCAGGAAUCUAAUGAUAAUAGUGAUGAAUCUAGUGAUAAUAAGAAUAAUACAGAUGAUGCUGGUUUAACUGAAGAUGAAAUUGUUUUGGCCAAUGCCGCCAGUGAAUCUCCUGAAGCUGAAAAUGCCGUACAAAACGCCGCCCUGAUUGUACGCCUCAAGGAGGGCAUUACCUCUUUGGGUCGUAUCCUCAAGGCCGUGGAAAAUUAUCACGGCACCGUACAACAUGUGGAGUCACGUCAAUCCCGUUCCGAGGGUGUUGACCACGAUGUCUUGAUCAAGUUGAGCAUGACCCGUGGCAAUUUGUUGCAAUUGAUUCGUUCUCUGCGCCAGACUGGCUCGUUCAGCAGCAUCAAUUUGAUGGCCGAAAACAACAUUAGCGUCAAGUCACCCUGGUUCCCCAAACAUGCCUCCGAAUUGGAUAACUGCAAUCAUUUGAUGACCAAAUACGAACCCGAUUUGGACAUGAACCAUCCCGGCUUUGCCGAUAAAGUCUAUCGUCAACGUCGCAAGGAAAUUGCCGAAAUCGCUUUCGCCUACAAAUACGGAGAUCCAAUUCCCCACAUUGAAUACACCGAAGUUGAGGUGAAGACCUGGCGUUCGGUGUUCCGCAUGGUCAAGGAGUUGACACCCAAACAUGCUUGCAUUGAGUACCGUAAUGCUUUCAAGAAAUUGGAGGAAGAGAAAAUCUUUGUGGAAGACCGUUUGCCUCAGCUCCAAGAGAUGUCGGACUUUUUGCGCAAAAAUACCGGAUUCACACUGAGACCAGCUGCUGGUUUGCUGACCGCUCGCGAUUUCUUGGCUUCGUUGGCCUUCCGUAUUUUCCAGUCGACACAGUAUGUGCGUCAUGUCAACUCACCCUUCCACACACCCGAACCUGAUUGCAUCCAUGAAUUGUUGGGUCACAUGCCAUUGCUGUCCGAUCCCAGCUUUGCUCAAUUCUCCCAGGAAAUUGGUUUAGCUUCAUUGGGUGCCUCAGAUGAUGAAAUUGAAAAAUUAUCUACCGUCUACUGGUUCACCGUCGAAUUCGGUCUCUGCAAGGAACAUGGCGAAGUCAAGGCCUACGGUGCCGGUCUCUUGUCGGCCUAUGGUGAGCUCUUGCACGCCAUCUCCGACAAGUGUGAACAUCGUCCCUUCGAACCCGCCUCCACCGCCGUCCAACCCUACCAGGAUCAGGAAUACCAACCCAUCUACUAUGUGGCCGAAAGUUUCGAUGAUGCCAAGGACAAGUUCCGUCGCUGGGUCUCCACAAUGUCGCGUCCCUUCGAAGUGCGUUUCAAUCCCCACACCGAACGUGUGGAGAUCUUGGACAGUGUGGACAAGUUGGACACCCUGUUGCAUCAGAUGAACACAGAAAUCUUACAUUUGACCAAUGCCAUCAACAAAUUGCGUCGUCCCUUCUAAAUCCAGCCAAAAAAACAUGGAAGGAGAGAGAUAUAUACAGAACUUAAAUCAACCAACCAACCAACAACAAUCAUUCUCACUAAAGUUGAAAGGCGUAGCUCUGGGCCUUCCCAGGAUAGUAUUUUCCUUGGAGGCAACUCAAUCAGGUUCUUUCUUCCUUUUUCCCGUUUUGUUUUUUUUUUUUUUGUUAGCAAAAGCUUUAAAUGCAGGCUUGUGAAUAAUUCAAAAUAUUCCUAGUCUUAGUUGUGGUAAAGAGAUGAAGAAGAAGAAGAAGAAAACAACAAAAAAUUGAGUUACGUUUAAUUUAUUAGAAAGAAAAAAAAAUUGAAUUGAAAAACAACAACAACAACCUAAAUAUCCAAUGAAAGUAUUCUUUUUUUUGUAUUAAAUGUACAAUCUACUUCAACUACUCCUCACUCACCAACUCAUAGCAAAUCCUCAUCGAAUCGCCGAAUGCCUAGCCACCCCACCCCACCUCCAC